AUGGCAGAUACAGAGACAUUCUCUGCAAUGCAGUUUUGGAAGACGGUCGAGAAGAAGAAUGCUGCGAUCGUUAGCAAAAGUGCACCAGUGGCAAAGAAGUUUACAAUGCUCAAACCUCCUCCUGACCCUGAGGACGAACAGAAGGGCCAGGUCGAAUGGGAUGAGCAGAAUGUCACCGAUGCCUUUGACUUUUGGAAGAAGAAGGCCAUCGAGAUCAAAGACGACUCUGAAUCAAAGUCCAACUACAGAAAGUCCGUCAUUAAUGUCCGCACAAGUGUCACGCUCGAGGCGUCAAUGCCGCGUCAUCCAUCCACCACUUCAACAACAACCACCACAUCAACAUCCACAUCCACCUCGCCAUCAACAUCCACUCAAUCAUUAUCGGAUGCUCUGGCGCCACAGACAGCCACGGGCACAGUGGCCGAGACAAGAUCCGAUGAUCAAUCACAAAAGGAUGGCCAUGCGCCAUCUGUUGUCGAUGAUCAGCUACAGCAACUAAAGAAUGCCGUCCAGACUGUGAAGUUGGACGACGAUCAGAUGAUGCAACCAGUGCUACUUGAUCAGGCUGCCGAUGUCUCGUCAUCGGGCUCAGUCGAGGACUCGUCGUCCAGUGAUCUGGACAGCGCAGAGGAGAUCUCGGACGAUGAGUACAGCGAGGACAUGAUAAAGAAUGUCUCGGAGCUUGAAGGACGCUUCGACCUGUCCGAUCAAACACCCACCAUUCAGACCACAGCGGCCGUCCCGCCAGCAGCCCACGCAGACCUGCACCACCCAACUCAACACACGCUUCCCUCCGACUCACCCAUUCGCAUGCAGUUCCACCAGACCGAGCCGCUCAACGUCAACCAUCCAUCGGCCGUGCCAAUCACGCCUCCCAAGACCACGCCCAAGAACUCACCAAAGCGAUCGAUCCUGCCCAAGUCUGCCUCCAAGUCCAUCUCGUCCAAGGACAAGGCGGACGCGGGGCAGCUCAGCGGAACGCCUCCAUCCUCUGACAAACCACCAAAGGAAAGCAAGGACAAGAAGCCAAAGAAGGAGAAGACCAAGGUGGACAAGACAGAGAAGGAGCGACUCAAGCAGGAGAAACGCGACAAGAAGAAUGGCUCCAAAAAGUCAUCUACAAUCGAGACCAAUGCGACAAAGGCUCCGCCAGUCAACGAAUCAAAGAUCAAGAAUGUUGUAGAGAUUGAGUCUGUUCCAAGAGUAUUUAGAGUCAGAUUGACCAAGUUGUUUGCAGUCGAUGAUGGCCUGCCGCAGUUUAUCUCAUCAGCUUUGACGUUCUUGACCAACUUUGAUAUUAUUGAUGUGGCCAUGAUCUUCCAGGAUGCACAUCUCGACCCAAUAGUCAAGGGCGUUCGCGCCUCAGCUGACGAGACCCAGAUCGACUUUUCCAAGAUUAACAGCCCACGUGUAGUAGGCGGGCUGCUACGAAUGUUCUUUGCCGAGCUGCCACAGCCACUGUUCAACACCAAGUUCUACAACAAUCUGCUGGACAUCCACGACAUCACCAAGCCCGAGGUGAAGCUACAGGAUCUGCGAUCGCUCAUUUGGUCACUGUCCAUUCUGCGCAGGAACUUCCUGCAGCUGUUUGUGACGUUCCUCACACAAAAGUACGUGAACAAGGCGACCAACAAGGCGCAGACCAUCACCAUCCUGGCCAGCACGUUUGGACCGACUUUCUUCCGUCCAGCCGACGCUAAGCUGGCCAACUCCAACAUGGCGCUGCGCGAAGAGUCCCUGCGAAUCAUCAUUGAGAACCUGGACUACCUCUUCACCGAGGCCAAGGACCCAGACAUUGUAUUCAAGAACGAGGAUGGCAAGCUGCUCGUGAGCGAGGCAACCAUCGACAAGCUGGUGGACAAGGCCACCGACCUCUUCUACCACCACUGCGACGCCUACUUUAGUCUGGUGUUCUUUGUCACGCACAACCUGUUCAUCACGCCCAACGACCUGGUGGACAAGCUGAUCGCGCUCUACAAGGAGAACCAUAUAGAGUCGUCCAAGAAGAAGUGGAAGAAGACGCGUUCCUCCAAGAAGGAGGAGAAGAUCAGCGAGGCCGUCAAGCUCUGGGUGGACUACUGCUACCGCGAGCUCAGGGAGGACAAGAAGCUGUCGCAAAAGAUCCUCAAGGGCUUCCCGCAUCUCGAGGCAGCACUUAGCAGCCGUCUGUCCAACAAGGCCUUUGCCUUUUCAGACAUCCUCAAGGUGCCCAAGCACUUCCACAGCAGAAAGGGCAGUGGCUCAUUCGACAACCUGCUUCUGAUGUGCACGUCGGGCAAGGACCAGGCACUCAUUGCCACAGAGAUCGCUGAGCAAGCGACACUGGCCGACUUCCAGGUGUUUGCCAACCUUCGAUCCAGCGACUGGGUGCGCUUGGUGCAGGGCAGCGUCGACGCGCCCAUGUCACCCAAUCUCACCAAGGCGAUCAAGCGCUCGGCGGAAUGGACGCAAUGGACCAUGGGCGAGAUCCUACAGGUGGAGGACAAGAUACAGAGAGUGAUGACCAUCAGUCUCAUGGUGGAGGUUGCUACCAUCUGUUGCACGGACCUGUGCAACUUCAAUGUGGCAAUCGCCAUAUUGAACGCGCUGAACAACCAUCACAUCAAGCGAUUGACGGCCUCAUGGGAUGCUGUGCCCAAGGACACAGUGACCAAACUGAACAAUCUCAAUAAUCUUCUGUCGCCAUGGCUCAAGCUUCACGCCAACUCCUACCAACAGAUCGUUGGCGCAUUGGGCACACCAUGUGUACCACACUUUGCGACGAUCAAGUCGUUGUUGCAACAGUUCGACACGUCCAUGCCAACCAAGACAGCGGAUGGCGCACAUAUCAAUGUAGACAAGCUGCGCCACACCUUUUUAAUGGUAUCUGAGAUGCAGAAGCUGCAACAGAGGGCCUACCCGAUCAAGGCCACCAAGCUGUUGUUCCAGUUCCAAGAGUUGAACGCACCCAACAUGGACCUGUUGGCAGAGUGGUCGCUAAAGAUCGAACCUCCUCCCCAAUCCAAGAACAAGCGCUUCACCGUGCCCGCUGCGGACGACCUUGCCCAAGUCACCUGGCAGGAGAACAUCGCCAAGACGUUUGCCAAGCCACUGGCACAAACUUCGACUGGCAUCGACCUGCCCAGACUGGCCUGCUUCUUCACCAUUGGCCAGCAGGCCAUCAACACUGGAAGCAAGGUGACUGAUAUACAUGCAGUGGUGCAAUCACUGGCCAAGCUGAUGUUGAACGACUCGGACGUGCCCACGCCCGAGACACCGCUGGCAGAGCAUCUCGAUCGUCUGGACAAGUCCUAUCAAACAUAUAUUCCCUUUACGACACCUGGCGAUGCGGAUGUGAAGCGCGACCUGCUCCGCUAUCUUGAGGAAGUGGUCGGAGCAGAGAGCAAGGUGGUCAACGCGCUCAAGUGUUGCAACCAGGCCAUCAUUGCGCCUGCGGUCAUUGAGCUGACACUGAAAAUAGCCAAGAGUCUCCAGUUCAUGGACGCACAGGGUGGAUGGCGCAUCGAGGUCGAGCGCAACGAAACAAACAACAUUGUUGUGCGACAUCGCAAGAGACAAAAGUCCAGAUCAACCGACAACAAGGAGCAGUAUGAGUUUGAGUGGUCGCUCUCACUCAUGCUGGACGACACGUGUAAAUCAAUCGCGUCAUCCGACAUCAAGAUCCAAUCGAUCACACUCUCACCCGAGACGUCCGAGGCGGUGAAGGAGCAGCUCAAGUCAACGCUGUCGCCCUACUUCAUCUCUAGUGAUUGUAUCAAGGAAGGAAUGGUCACGGCAUCACCGCCACUGGUUCCAGCUGCGAGCAACAGUAACAACAAUAGCAGCAGCAACAUUGGUGAUCAACUCCAGUCGUCUCCACCACCGACCACAAAUGAAUAA